AUGAUGACUAAAGUUUAUUAUUAUUGUUUUAUUAUAUUUUUAUUAUUUAUUUCAAUGAUAACAUUAUCAAAUGGUGCAAAAGAUAUGGAAUCAAAUGAACCAAGCAAUUUAAACUUUUAUGAAUUAACAGAAUCAUUAAAAGAAUCACCAGCAUGUACAAUUUGUGAAUACUUUGUUAAUGAAGUUGAAGUAUUAUUAUCAAGUAAUACUAGUCUUUCAAAGAUAAAUCAAACUUUAGAACAAGAUUGUGGUUUAUUUCCAUCAUUUGUAGAGACAUGUUUAGAGGUUGUUAUAAAGUAUACAACAUUGAUGAUCAAAUAUAUUGAACAAAAAGAAACAGCAAUUUACAUUUGUGAUAAUCAAUUUAAUUUAUGUGAUAGUGGUAGUCAAUCAGAUUCAACAGAUUAUGAUUCCUCAAAUUCAUUUACAGGUUCUUAUAAUUCAGGUUCAUCAAUUUCAUUUUCUUCAGAUUCUUCAAACCCAUCAUCUGGUUCAGGUUCUAUAACAGGUUCAAUGACAGGUUCUGGUUCAGGUUCAGCUGGUCCAUUUUAUUAA